UUUUCGAUUUUAAUAUUUGCUGGAGAUGCAAAACCUUCAAUCCACGGAAGAAUAAUAGGAGGGGAAAGUACCACAAUUGAAGAAUUCCCAUAUCAAGUAGCAGUAGAAGUAGAUAGAGAGCUCUUUUGCGGUGGAUCUAUUCUUAAUUCCACAGUCAUUUUAACUGCUGCACAUUGUGUAGAAUAUAAUCUCAACAAAUCGAUAAGAAUUCGAGCUGGAACAACCAAAAGAGGAAAAGGAGGUGUACUCCGAGACGUCGAAGCGAUAUUUAUUCAUGAAUUAUAUAGUCAUGAAACAUUAGAUUAUGAUGUGUCUUUGAUUGUGCUUAAAGAACCAUUAGAAUUUUCAUCAGCAAUUUCACCUGUUACACUUCCUAACGAAGAUGAAUAUUUGGAUGCGCCAGAAACAGGCGUUGUCACUGGUUGGGGAGUUAUCGAUGGGCCUUUGUUUCCAAAACAAUUGCAAAAAGUGUAUUUAGAUAUUUUUACACAAAAAAGAUGUAAUGAGUCUUAUUCAGAGAACGUUAUUACGUUGGUCACUCCAAGAAUGAUCUGUGCCGGUGUAAAUGGGGAAGGUGACAGAGGCGUUUGUGGAGGCGAUUCUGGAGGUCCAUUAGUCUCUAAAAAUAAAUUACAUGGUAUUGUAUCAUGGGGUAAUGAAUGCGGUGGAAAUACUUAUCCUGCUGUUUUCACGCGCGUAACAGCAAUACGCCAAUGGAUUAAAGAAAAAGUAAAUUUAUAAAAAAUCUAUUUCUACCUUUUUAUUAAAUACUUAUUGAUGUCUAAGUAAAUUCUAAAUGAUCAAUUUUAUGGGCUUGCCCAAGUUUGCAUUUCGAUUUUUAAAACCAUUAAAAAGUUUUAUUUCUACCUAA